GUCAAUGCUUGAACUUUAACUGUGCCUUCAUCCUGGUGCUGAUGCUCCGACAAAGCAUAACCUUUCUUCGGACCCGCGGCUUUACGGCUUUCCUCCCGCUAGAUCAGCACAUCUAUUUGCACAAACUGACCGGGAUGCUGGUGGCCGGAUACAGUUUGCUCCACACCAUCAUGCAUCUGUUUAAUUUCACCACAAUUGUGGUCAACGAUCCGGUUAUCAACGUCAAGAACUUCACCACGACCGAGUGGCUGUUCACGGCUCGGCCUGGGCACUUCGGACUCAUCGCGGGAUGCGCCAAUCCGACCGGAAUGGCCCUGUUCGUGAUCCUGCUGGUGAUGUUUGUCUGUUCGCAGCCAUUUGUGCGACGAGGAGGCAGCUUUGAAGUUUUCUACUGGACCCACCUGUUAUACAUCCCGUUCUGGAUACUGGUGCUGUUCCAUGGGCCGAAUUUCUGGAAAUGGUUCAUCGUGCCCGGCUUCAUCUAUCUGGUUGAGCGAACCGUUAGAUUAGUUUGGAUGCGAACAGAGCACGGCAAGACGUACAUCUCCUCGGGACUGCUACUUCCGUCGAAGGUCACUCACCUCGUCAUCAAGCGACCGGUUCAUUUCUGCUUUCGGCCAGGGGACUACGUCUUCGUCAACAUUCCGGCCAUUGCCAAGUACGAGUGGCAUCCGUUUACGCUGAGUAGUGCCCCCGAACAGGAAGACUACAUCUGGCUCCACAUAAGAGGGGUAGGCGAAUGGACCAAUCGCCUGCACGGCUUCUUCGAAAAAGAACAGGAGCGUCUACACAAUGGUGAAAUCCCGGCCGUCAUUGCAGGAUGUUCCACGGCACCGUCUUCCUCACACAGCGAAGUUAUCCAGGAAAAACCGAAAGAAAUCCCGAUGAAAUUUUCCGCAGGACACCCCAAAAGCGCCAGCCUCGAAUCACCGCUAGCCAAAACCACAGACAAUUCGUUCGAAAAACCCAUCAUCAACAAGCGACAUCCUCCGGGAACUUCCAAGCUCGCGAUGGAGAGCUACACGGCUCCAUCACCACAAACACCCCCGAAAUUCGACCGACAACUUUCGGAGAACAAAGCGAUCCGAAAAAUUCAAGCCACCCUGCAGCGAACCUUCUCCCGGAAGGAUCAGUUCCGAGGCAAUGGAGUGUCCAACGACGCCUUCACCGGCGAUGACGGUCUCGAUGAACCGAAACGGAAAGUUACACCGGAGCACAACCUGCACAAGCUGCUGUUCCAGCAGAAGGUUCCCCUGGAAAAAUCGCUCUCCAUGCCCGACAUUCAGAACAAAGUGAAAAAACGAGAAAGGAUGAUGGUGUAAGUGUUAUGACCUAGGUUUUAGAAACGGAUUUGCGCCAGG